UUUUAUUUUAGUAGCUAUAUAACUGAGAAAGGCCUUUGUACCUAUCUCUAUGUUGUCUUUUUAAUGAUCUCAUAGGACCUUAACCUUUGAAGUUCUGAAAAGAUUGAAGAUUAAUACUAAUGGGUUAUUCUCCUGUAGCUCCAACCUCUCCUCAGUUGUAUCCUCAAUCAAUUCAGAUUAAACUAUACCAGGCUUUCAUAUUCUCAAUCCCAAUUCUCUUCUCCAUAAUUCUUUUUCUCUUGUUUUACUUGUUCUACCUCAAGAGGAGGGCUUCCACAGCCUCUGUCUCCUCCCCCCAAACAAUUCUACCAAGGAGCUUACUUGAAUUUCCAUUUUCCUCUUCAAGUGAGAUGGGUUUCAAGGGGAGCCUCAAAGACAAGCUUCCAAUAAUCUUGUUUGAUGAAGAUUUAUCAAAGACAAGGGAUUCAAUGUGUAGUGUUUGUUUGGGAGAAUUUGAGAUGAAGGAGGAGUUGCACCAGAUCCCAACAUGUAAACACAUGUUUCACGUUGAUUGCAUACGUUACUGGGCCCAUUCAAAUCCAACUUGUCCACUCUGUAGAUGCCGAAUCAUCACCACCAAUGGCCGAGGCCAAUCACAGCCACCUGUUGUACCCAAUCAGAACCCACAGAUGGUUUCUGAUCCAGAGCAACAAGAGCAAGGAGUUAGAGUUGACUCAGAUAUGGCUAAUAAUUUAAGAGAGCAUCAAAUGGUAGUACUAAUGGAAGGAUCAUCCAGUACUAGUGGUGGAACAUCCACUUGUUUGGAGAGUUAGAUGGGUUAUCCACAUCAAGAUUCAGUAGCUCUUACAGUCCGUUUGGCAAACUAGAAAAGAAAAGAAAGAGGAUGGUAUCCAUUUUUCUUUAAAAGUUGGAGCAAAAAGUCAUUGAUGAACAUAGGACAUGCCUUCUAUACCAAGUUGGAGCAAAAAAUCACUGAUGCACCAAAAGAGCGAGUCCGCAUAGAUUUUAAUGAUCUUUUUAUAGAUCUCUUGAUUCCUCUGUCCCAAACAUUUCUGACUUCUGGAUCAUUAAAAUUUUAUUUGUGCAAUAA